AUGCAUAUGCUAGCGUCAAACGGAUCCGUAAUGGACCUGGAGUCUGAGUCGGUAAAAAUUAAAGCGCACUACUGCGGAGACAUGUUGAUAACAGACCUGGCUGCCACUUUAAGCUUUGUGGAGCUUUGUGAGGAGGUGAGAACGAUGUGCAGCCUUACCAGACAGCAACCCUUCACACUCAAGUGGAUUGAUGAUGAAGGAGACCCUUGUACCAUUUCAUCUCCACUGGAACUUGAGGAGGCAUUUCGUAUUUAUAAUCGCAACAAAAGAACUGGACUGCUCUUGCAUGUCUUCCCAAGUAUUCCAGAGAAGCCUGGAAUGCCAUGCCCUGGAGAGGACAAAUCAAUCUAUCGUCAAGGAGCUAGAAGAUGGAGGAAACUCUACCGGGUCAACGGGCACCUCUUCCAGGCCAAGCGCUUUAACACGAAAGCCUACUGUGGCCACUGCAGUGAAAGGAUAUGGGGGCUUGGCGGACAAGGCUACAAGUGUAUCAACUGCAAACUGCUGGUCCAUAAGCGCUGUCACAGACUCAUCCCUCAGACCUGCCAAAGGCUUAUGGAUCCAGCUAUGCCCUCACAGGAGCCCCCUUCAGAUGCAAAGAGUGAAGAGGUGGACCUUCCACUGGAUGACACAGAGGACAGAGAUGGAAGACUGUAUUUACCACACAAUUGUACAGUGGACAAAAUAGAAGAGACAGAUGCAGAGACACCAGACCCAAUACUGGAUGAGCUUAAGGACAUAAAAUCAGUGGUGGAUGGAAUUGAUGGCAUCAAGCUGUCUCAAGGCUUUGUCCUGGGGUUAGGAGACUUCGAACUGAUCCGAGUUAUUGGGCGUGGCAGUUACGCCAAGGUGCUGCUGGUUCGCUUAAAGAAGAAUGAUCAGGUUUAUGCCAUGAAGGUGGUGAAGAAGGAGUUGGUUCAUGACGAUGAGGAUAUUGACUGGGUGCAGACAGAGAAGCAUGUCUUUGAGCAAGCUUCUACAAAUCCAUUCUUAGUAGGCCUCCAUUCCUGUUUCCAGACGGAAAGUCGGUUAUUUCUUGUGAUUGAAUAUGUGAAUGGUGGGGACUUGAUGUUUCAUAUGCAACGACAAAGGAAGCUCCCUGAAGAGCAUGCAAGAUUUUAUGCUGCUGAAAUCUGCAUAGCUCUAAACUUCCUGCAUGAGAAAGGCAUCAUCUACAGAGACCUGAAGCUGGACAAUGUUCUUUUGGACCAUGACGGACACAUCAAACUUACGGACUAUGGCAUGUGCAAGGAGGGAAUCAGACCAGGGGACACAACCAGUACUUUUUGUGGAACACCCAACUACAUUGCACCAGAAAUACUCAGAGGAGAAGAUUACGGCUUCAGUGUAGACUGGUGGGCCUUAGGGGUGCUAAUGUUUGAAAUGAUGGCUGGGAGAUCACCGUUUGACAUCAUCACCGACAAUCCUGACAUGAACACCGAGGAGUACCUCUUUCAAGUUAUUCUCGAGAAGCCCAUUCGCAUCCCAAGGUCCCUGUCAGUUAAGGCUGCCAGUGUGCUCAAGGGUUUUCUGAACAAGGAUCCUAAGGAGCGGCUGGGUUGCCAGGUCGAGACAGGCUUCACAGAUAUCAAGUCCCACACAUUUUUCCGCAGUAUAGACUGGGAGCAGCUGGAGAAGAAGGAGAUGACGCCACCCUUCAAACCUCAAAUCUCAGAUGACUACGGCCUUGAAAACUUUGACACACAAUUUACUAAUGAGCCAGUACAACUAACACCGGAUGAUGAGAGCGUCAUCAAGAGAAUAGACCAGUCGGAGUUUGAUGGAUUUGAAUACAUCAACCCACUUCUUCUGUCUACUGAAGAGUCUGUAUGA